AUGGAUAUUGGACAGGAUACCACUGCCUCAGCCGCCAGCAACACGUUUCAAGAGCUGAAUAUCACAUUUGCGGCUCCGGUUGAAUCUCAUCCGCUCUCGAUCUCAAGUAUUGUGUUCUCCCCGACCAAAGGGAGUUCGAUUUCGCUCAACACACCAGCUCCCGCCAUACACACUCCCUUAGAGGGUGUUCCAGCUAAUGCCUACGACCAUGAAUCAUCAUCACAUCUACUACCAAGCAGGAGCACAAACAGCCCUGUUGCAAUCCGACAUUGGUCAGGGGAGCUCUUGAAGACAGCAUUAGCAGUCCCUCCUUCGGAUGGGUCUUUAGAAAUCACCUUGAAUCACUCACAGCCCACAGGUUCCAGUGUUACAGGCAUACUUACACCAGCAGAGGAAAUACCAUUCCUGCAAGUCUAUCUACAACAAGUCGGCCAGUGGAUGGAGAAUAGUGAUCCUUCACGCCACUUUACGGUCAAGUAUGUUCAUCAACUGCUGGAAACCCCUAUCUGCAGGGCGUCUAUUCUGGCGGUAACAGCUCGUUACAAGUAUGCGAUAGACUCAAGCUGUUCUUCCAGACUCGCACUGGAGCUGUAUCAAAAUGCUGUCCAAAAGCUUAUUAGCUCCCCAAUAGAGUAUGCCGAUUGUUUAACACUUGCAAGCUGCGUUUUGCUCGCCGUUUACGAGAUGAUGGCCUCGAAGCAUUCCGACUGGCUGCGCCACUUGGAAGGCUGCGCAGCGAUAUUAACUUCUAAAGGUUGGAAUGGUUCUUCAGGUGGACUGGUGUCAUCAUGUUUCUGGUCGUAUGCCAAAGUUGAUAUUUGGGCAGCAUUCUGCAACGAAACGAGUACUCUGACAUCACCUUCGGUAUGGUUCAAUGAUACCACACAACUGCUCUUGGGCGAAGAUGUUGAGUAUCAAGAUCACGCCACGAUUCUUGUCUGGAUCUUUGCGCGUAUCGUCAAUUUUCUCUCGUAUGUCAGUGAACUGUCCAUGGACACGGCAAAGACAGCCACUGUGGAUCAGUGGAAGGAACAUGCGGACUCCCGCAGAGAAAAUCAUAGUGCUUCAGCUCUUGUCAACGAUUCAACAAGAGACGGGCUGGAGAUGCGGCUGGCGGUCGCAGUGUCUGCGGAAACUGUGGCAGAUGGAUCCGUAGACUGUCGAUGUUGA